UAAGCUAGGUUAUUGCGCCCCUAAACCAACGUACUGACAACGCGACCUCCCCGGAACUCAAACUUUAACACACUGAUUGACAUUGAUGUAUCCAGGGUAGAAUGCCCCAGGAAAGCCUUAAUUGCACAAUCUGCUGCUAAGCAACCAAGAUGGCAGAUGAAGAGGACAAGAACAUGGAGGAUGUCAUGGGGUUCUCAGGCUUUGGAAGCAAGAAAAAAGCAAGAACAUUUGACUUUAUGGCUAUGUUUGAGGAAACGAAAAAAACUGCUGUUGAGAGAAGUCAGCAAGUUUUAGCUAAUCGUGAAGAGGUGUUUGGAGGAAACUCUUCAGUGACCAGUGUAUUGACAUCCAAGCUGCCAGUGCGUGGCCCUGAACGACCCAAAGCCACUCAAUCAAAUGAGAAGAAAGAAAAAUCUGCCUCCUCAAGUUCAAAUGAUUCACAUUCAUCUGGGGAUUGUGACAGCAGCGAUGAUGUAAUCUGCCCUCCAGUCCCACCCAUCCUCCAGCAUGAUGAGGAUGAUGACAUGAUUGGUCCGCCAUUACCAGAUCAUCUAAGGACGAGUGAUGCCGAAGGAGAAGACUUGGAUGAUGAUAGUCCUGUCAGUAAGAUUCCUAACAGUCAUGAGAUUGUAUUGGAGCACGGGUCAAAGACCGUAUCCGCACUUGCAUUGGAUCCCUCUGGUGCCAGGUUAGUCAGUGGGAGCUACGACUAUGAUCUCAAGUUGUGGGACUUUGCUGGCAUGGAUGCACGCUUACAGUUCUUUAGGACACUAAGGCCAUGUGAAUGCCAUCAGAUCAAGUCAGUUGAAUACAGUAUGACAGGCGAUGCCAUACUGGUUGUGGCUGGUAAUGCUCAGCCAAAGAUUUAUGACCGAGAUGGUUUUGAGAUGAUGGAGUGUCCCAAAGGGGAUCAGUACAUUACAGAUCAGAAGAAUACAAAGGGUCACACUGCAAUGACUAACUCUGGAUGUUGGAAUCCUCGUGUGAAAGAAGAGUUCAUGACAUGUUCUAAUGACUGUACUGUGAGGCUGUGGGAUGUGACCCAAGGCAAGAACAAGCAUAAAGACUGUAUCAAGCCCAGGAGCCAGCAGGGCAGGAAAACCAUACCGACAACAUGCACUUACAGUAAUGAUGGUCGCUAUGUGGCUGCAGCUUGCAACGAUGGCUCGAUACAGAUCUGGGAUCAUAAAAGAGGAUUUGUGAAUGUGAAUCUUGUGAAUCGAGGUUGCCACAUGAAUGGUUCAGACACGUCGUGCAUCCGGUUUUCAUAUGAUGGCAAUGUAUUAGCUUCAAGGGGCGGUGAUAACACCCUAAAGCUUUGGGACAUAAGGAAGUUUAAGCAGCCACUUUGUGUUGCUGACAGUCUCUUUAAUUUGUUCCCAAUGACAGACUGUGUGUUCAGCCCAGACAACCAGCUGGUUGCCACAGGUGUAUCUUUGAAGAAAGGGGAGACUGAUGGAAAGUUAAUCUUCUUUGAUCGAAACACGUUGAACAAAGUCACUGAAUUAACAGUAUCAAACUCAAGUGUUGUGCGUUGCUUGUGGCAUCCAAAGCUGAACCAGAUGGUCCUUGGGUGUGGAGAUGGCAACAUCAAGAUUUACUAUGAUCCCGACAAGAGCAAUAGGGGCGCCAAGCUGUGUGUCGUCAAGAAGAGAGCAAAGAUCAAGUCUGUCCAGGCUAUGGUCGAUCAGAAUAUCAUAACUCCAUAUGCUUUGCCGAUGUUCAGAGAGGAAAAGCCUAGAAGUACAAGAAAACAAGAUGAGAAGUCGAGGAAAGAUCCGAUCAAGUCAAAGCGGCCAGAUCUGCCUGUUAGUGGACCUGGAGUUGGAGGUCGUGUUGGUGCUAAAGGAGCCACGUUGUCACAAUAUGUCGUCCAGGGUCUCGUCCUCAGGAAGCCUGAUGAACGAGAUAAAGAUCCCCGUGCUGCCAUCUUACGACAUGCUGAGGAAGCCUCAAAGAACCCUUACUGGGUAUCACCAGCUUAUAAAAAGACUCAGCCAGAGACGAUCUUCCACGAAAGUGAUGAAGAGGAAGAUGAUGAUGAACCCAUCUGGAAGAAGGCAAAGCUCACGUGAUACCUCAGCCUUGGGACUGGAGGGGAACAUCACUUUCUGGCUGGACAAGCUGUCUGACUUGUCUCGCAACCUUGCACUGUGAUAAGAGCUUGUAGAAAUUUCAGCUUUACAUUUACCACAUCACCAACUAAGAUGCCGAGGUAGGCUGGUUUGAUGUCGAACUGGUCAGGUGGAAUGGUGUAGAAUCGGGACAAAGGUUGUCUAGGUAAUGAUGACUUCCUAGGACUGCUGGGCCAGGUUAUGUUUGCAGCAUGAGUGACAUGUCAGACACACUGCUGGUGGAGAAACCCUAACUGGUGCCUCAAGUUCUUGUUCACUCAACCAUCUAUGAGCCUUAUAGGCCAAGAUGAGAUGAAAAAAGGCAUUUCGUGCCGUAUAUGGUUCAUACUUGCCAAGUAAAUGUAAAGGGUUUGCAUUUUUGAUGUCAGUGAAUAAAAUAAUGAAUGAUAUCUGAUA